AAUGUUUCAAGAUUCUCGUGCAUUAUUGGAUCAAUUAUUUGGAAAAGAAAGAAAUGCGGUAGCUAGUAAAAGAAAAAAUGAUGCUCAUUAUUGGAACGACGAUGUAUGCAAGAAUAAUCUUGUAUCUAAGUGUUUCAAUGAACUUUGGAAGCAUAAAAAAUAUGAUCAUGAAGGUGAAUGUGAUAAGAGACAUGAUUCAUUCUUUAUUAAUGAAUUCACUAAUGAUAAGAGUAUGAAAAAGUAAGAAAGAGAGAAGAAAUAUAUAGAAGAUGCAAUAGGUUUAGUAUGAACCUGAUAAUUAUAUUAGCUUACAUCCAAGAAAAGUUAAAGGAAGUGGAUAAGAUCUUGACUAAACAUGAAGAGUAAGUUGAAUAAUCAAGUAAAUUGUAAGUAGCUGAUCGACCUAAAGAAAUAUAAGAUAGAUUAGACAAUAUGGAAAGAUAAAUAAAUCUAUUAACAGAUUAGAGUGAGAAAAUGGGAGAGUAGGGUAAGAUAGAUGAAUCUGAAAGAUUGAUUAUGGAAGCAGACAAUCUAAAAAAGGCUAGAGAGGAUGUAUUAUUAGCAUAUGAGGGUACAAACAACCCAUUUAAAACAUAUAAAAUUUGUGAGGUAUGUGGGGCAAGAUAAUCUCUUUAUGAAACUGAGAAUAAAGUCAAGUAUUAUUUAAUUUCUAAUAUUAGAACACAUUUAGAUGGAAGAAUUCAUUAAGGAUUUUCAACAAUUAGAGUAGAAUUAUAAAAGUUACAGGUUCGUAGAUUGGUAUUAGAGAAAAUAUUGGAUGAGGAAGCACGCAAACAGGAGUUCAAAGAAGAAAUAGCUAAAGAUAAAGAACAAGAAAAAGAUAGAGAAAGAGAAAGAGAAAAAUAUAAAGAAAAAGAAAAAUAUAAAGAUAAAAAAGAAAAAGAUAGAUCUAGGAGUAGAGAAAAUUCAAAAGAGAAAAGUAAAAAAAAAAGCAUUAAAAAAAAGAAGGAUAAAGAUAAAGACACAAGUAAAUCUAGAAAAAAUAAUAAGUAAUAUUGAAUAUCAUAUUAUUAGGAAACAUCAUAAGCAUUGA